CCGGAAGUGGCAGUGUUUCGCGAGCUGCUCGUGAUUCUCUUCUCAGUGGGGCUCCUUAGCAGCGGGUAGCUUAGCAUAACCACACCGGGAAGCUUAGCACAACGUAGCGGACAGCAAACUGUGAUUCACUUCGUUUAAACUAAAGGAACUUAUCGUUUAAAGUUUAACUGGACGUGUCGUCAAAACUUCGACCUUCGCGUUCGUGAAACCGCCGGGGCACCAUGGCGAAGCCCUUCCACCUGAACACGCCUCUGCUGGAGAGCGUCGGCAUGUCCAAGCGCGCGGGGACCACCGUGUACCUGAAGAUGGAGAACUCGCAGCCCUCCGGCUCCUUCAAGAUCCGCGGCAUCGGACACUUCUGCCAGCAGCUCGCCGGAGAGUCCAAAGGAGUCGUCUGCUCUUCAGGUGGCAAUGCGGGUAUGGCUGCAGCCUAUGUAGCCAGACAAAUGAAUAUACCGGCAACCAUUGUGGUUCCGUCCUCGUCUCCUCAGCUGGUUCUUCAAAGACUCCGGGAUCAAGGUGCUACGGUCAAGACCGUGGGCAGGGUUUGGGACGAUGCCAAUGCCGAGGCUCUCAGGCUGCAGCGGACCGAAGGGCUCACCUACGUUCCCCCGUUCGAUCACCCGCUGCUCUGGCACGGCCACGCCAGCGUGAUCGCCGAGGUCGCGGCGUCCUUGGGCCCCGGCGAGAGGCCCGGCGCCGUGCUGGUGUCCGUGGGCGGCGGAGGGCUCCUCUGUGGCGUCGUCCAGGGGCUGAGGGACGUGGGUUGGACGGACGUGCCAAUCGUCGCCAUGGAGACGGCGGGGGCCGACUGCUUCAACGCCGCGGUCAAGGCGGGGAGGUUGGUCACCCUGGACGACAUCACCAGUGAGGCAAAGUGUCUCGGAGCGAAGACGGUGUGCAAGAAGGCUUUUGAAUACAGCCAGUGCAGCGAGCUCACCAUCAUCUCCGAACUUGUGACGGACCAGCAGGCUCUGCACGCUGUGGAAACAUUCCUAGACGAGGAGCGCGUGCUAGUGGAGAUGGCGUGCGGCGCGGCGCUAGCGGCCGUCUACAGCGGACUUGUGCGCAGAUUACAGGAUGAAGGUCGGCUGCCGGCUCUCUUGGGCCCCCUGGUGGUGAUCGUGUGCGGCGGCAGCAGCAUCGACAUGGAGCAGCUGACUCACCUCAAACACAAGCUGCAGGCCUGAAGUGUCAGCAACAGUUCAGGGAACGAUGGAACGGAGAUCAAUUAACAAUGAUGAUUAGAAAUAAGAACUACAGUUGUUUAUCAUGUAAUUUAGAGGCCAAUCUGUGAUUUGCAAUGUUGGUCAUUACGAAAUGCGCGCUUGUUCUAUAAUUGUGGUGUCAUUGUUAGUUUGCAUAAAAUGUAAAAAUGCAAUGAGAUUUCGUAAGUUACGAGCACUUGAUGGCGUUAUCGGGUGUGGAUGUGGUUAACGUGCUCAGCUCAGUCAACUGUCAGAGUUCCAUUCCGGCCUUUCCCCACACGGGGGUGUCCCCGCUCCCUCCAGAGUCUGAAAGGCGAUAUCUGUUUUUAACAGAUACUUGUUGAUAUGAUUUGAUAAUUAAUUACACUUGAGCACUACACCUAAAAUAUCUGUGCAUUCUCGUCUUCCCUUGGUCUUUUUUUAAUUUGAAUUCAUUUGAAGCCUCGGAACAAUUUCCACAUUUUUAAAUGAAAGCAGCUUUUGUGCUGAAUUGUUUUGUGACACCUUCACCAACAUAUGAAAUGUUUCCGCUCAAUCAAUCUGUGUUGUGUGUAGGAAGUUAUCGCCAUGGAAACAGCUUCUCGCUCUUCUGUCUGCGUCAGGGACGUCAAAGGAAAGUGUUUCAACAACCGGCUCGUAUCUUUGUCUUCUUCUCUCGCAGACUGCUGCAUAAUAUAUGAAGUUCACAAAGGUAAAAGGAGAAAAUAUACUUUAUAGCUGACAGUGACAUUUUAUAACAUAUAGCUGAAUCUAUUAAAAAUGCACUUCAAGUGAUUUAUGAAUCAAAACAAAAGAUUUUGUUUUAAGUUAGUACAUGAAUAAAGUGGCUGUUGUCAAUCAAAUAAAGUCUGUUUUCAUGAAAUUCC